GCAAUCAGUUUUCAUUUGAGUUUCAUUGAAAUAAUACGUAUUUUUGUAAUAAUUAAACAAAGAAAAUGUCUACGAAAACUGCCAUGAUAUGCACAAAAUGCAAAGAAGUUUUAAACAGUGAAGAUGAUAUUUUUGGUACAAGUUGUGGACAUUUGUAUCAUUUCCUUUGUCUGCGUGAAUGCCACGGCCGAUCAACGAACUGUUCACAUUGUGAGUCAUACAAGCCAUGUAUGUUUAAAAUGUUUUUGGAAUUUGGUGAAGCGAUAAACUGGAAGGAUCAAACAAAAACAAUUGAACUUCAUAACAAACUGGAAGAAAGUAAACAGGAAUUAAUUAAUCUUGAGGAAAAAUACAAGUACUCACAAGUGGCGGUGCAAAAACUUGAGGGAAAACUAAAAAAACAUAAUGACGCACUGAAAAGUAAAGAUAUCACAAUGGCAGAUUUAGAGGAACGCAUAACAACUUUAGAAGAAUUAAAUAGUGUUCUGUCUGCCCAAUUAGAAAUGAAGACAACGAAUAAUGAUAAUACUAAUAAUAUAAAAGAAUCGGUAGUGCAAAACCGAAUAAAAAAGUUACAGAAUUUAUCGGAAAAGUCGGAGCAAGAAAUUGCAAAAAAUUCUAAAAUGUCAAUAGAAAAUAUGAAAUUAAAAGCAUUUCUAAAUGUAGCAAAUAAUGAAAUUGGCAUGGAUGCAAUAAAUCUGGCAGAACUUAUGUUUGACAGUAAUCAAACUGAAAACACUGAUCAAUCAAAAGAAAACGGUAAUCAUAUUGAAGAAAUUGUUUCUCAUACAGAAACAAUUUCGAAACCAAUCAAUCAAUGCAGUGGGUUCACAAAUACUCCAGAAAACUCUAAACAAUCGGCAUCAAGUAGCCCUGAAAAUACAAAUGAUUCCCAUACCGUUGUAAUUCGCAAUUAUCUUAUCCAAGAUUUAAAAAAUCCUUUAGAAAGUGUUGUCAUCGAUAUAGCCUCCCGCAUGGAUAUGAAUUUAUGUACUUCAGAUAUACUCAGAGUGAUUAAAAUUAAGAAAAAUUUGAAAUCAGUUUCCCUAAUUGUAGUAUUUAAAAACUCAGAAUCUCGCCAAAAGUUUCUUAAGAAUAAAAAUCGUUUGAAAAAAAAUAAAUGUACAAAAUAUUUAGAAAUAUCUGCAAGUACAAAAUGAAAAUACAUACAGUGAAUCAAUUAAGUAAUUUACCUAUGUAAAAUUUCAAAAAUUUUAAGAAAAAUCUUAAUCUGAACAAUUAUUUUUAGCAAAAUUAAGCGUUUUUUAAUAAUAUCUUUUGAAUUAUCGUAAUUUAACGAGAUUUUUCAUAAAAUGUAAACAUAUUGUUAAAUUUUCUAAUAUUUCUAUAUUAUUUAAUAAAAUUUAAUACUUAUAUUACAUUUGAAAUAUGAGUUUUAAGAUAUUUUUGUACUGAUACAACUAUGGAGGUAUAAAUGUCUUGAUUUGGGUUCUAGUGUAUGUACUAGCUUAAAAAUAUAGCUAUUAAAGGACCUUAGGUAAUGAUAACUACAACUGUUUAAAAACUUUACAGUUUAUACGAUAUGGGCAAUGAUAAUUUAAAACUGCCCAUUAAAGCGAUAUCAAUCACUUUGUAAUUCCCACUACAAUUGGAUCUUCGCACCGGAACGACCCGAGUCAUAAUCGGUCAAAGAUUGUCAAUCCAGCUACAGCUUUAUCAACCGAGAUUUUUCCCCUGGGAAAGAACUAUCGGCCACAGUCGAAUUGUUACAACAACAACAACUUUGUAAUUAAGUUAAUGUCAAGAUUUGCUUAGUGAACUCUCCAUUGUAUACUGUCCAAUAGUUAUUUGCGAUUACGUGGAAUUCAGUGAUUAUAUAUUAUCGAUUAAAUCAUUUCAGUUAGGGUACGGAUUUCGGAAGCUUGUGAUAUCUGUAUAUAGAAGAUAUUAAUAAGUAUAUUUCGAUUUCUGCGUUUACAAUGUAGAUCACCAUGUCGGUUAUAUUUCUUAGAGCAAAAGAUGACUUUACAUGGGAGCUUACGGACAUUGUGGUCCAAUUUACAGAAUUAUUUAUAUACAAAACUUAUUCGAGUCAGAUUAUAUCAAUAUACUGUAUACUGAAGUUUUGUUCCGAUAUAGUUAUUAGUAAAUGAAUUAUGAUCGUUUUAUUGAUUAUUCUCUAUUUAUAAGCAAAAAAGUCAUAAUAGAGAUAUAUUCGAGUCAAUAGAUAUCAAAACUACAAAUAAUGAAACAACAAAAGCUAAUUCCAUAAACAAAGUGCUUUACUGGAAAUAAAUUAUAAAUAACUGAUAAUUAGUUUUUUAUUGACACAAUUACAGAUACAUUUUAAAAUCAAUAUUGCAAAAUUUGUAUUAAUAUUUUUUUAAAUUAAGAUUGAAGAGCAUUUUGAGUUUAAACUUGUACCCACAAAUGUAAGAUAAGAGUUUAUUAUAUGAAUGAAACAAACAAUUUAUAAAUAAAAAGUAUAAAAAAUA